CACACUCAGCCUCUGUCAGGCACAGGCUGUCCACACAGCAGAGGAGUGGAGGUUAAAAAUAAGAAAAAUCUCUCCUCCCGCCACCAAGAAACCAACAGCUAUUGGAAAGAGGUGAAGUCGACGCGAUGUCAAACACGAAAUGCCACCGUUUAGUUUGAAGAGACAGCUACCAAUAAGGAAGAGGCUGCAGAUCCCCAGGACUGGGUGCGCACUGACAGCUUGAGACAGGCAGCGAAGGAUUAGAAGACCGCACGAGGAAAAACAAGGCUCUAUUUAAUACAGAAAGUGAGGAUUAGAUCUCUCAAUUUAGUUGCCUUCCAUAUUUGUUCCUGCCGGUAUCGGAGAUGAGUGUCAAGUUGGCCAUCAACAAGGAGCUCUUCACACCUCACGAUGAGAGGAUGCUUGCUGGUGUACAAGUGAAGAGGAGAACAAAGAAGAAGAUUCCUUUCCUUGCCACUGGUGGUCAGGGAGAUUACAUGACUUUCAUCUGCCUCUCUGUGACAAACAAGAAGCCGUCUCAUGUGUCCCUCACUAAAGUGAAGCAGUUCCAAGGAUCAUCUGCCUUUGUCAAAAGGUCACAGUGGAAUAUUGAUCAACUACGGCAAGUUAAUGGAAUUGACUCCAACAAAGAUUGUCCAGAAUUUGACCUGAUGUUCGACAAUGGUUUGGACCAGUGGGUUGCAAGCUCAGCAGGAGAGAAGUGCACCUUCAUCCAAAUUCUUCAUCACACCUGCCAACGCUACUGCUCAGAACGGAAACCAGAGUUUAUUAACUGUCAGUCGAAACUCCUCGGUGAAGGCUUAGAUACAGUCGUUUACCACUGCAAGGUCUAUUUUAACAGAAUGAGGAAAGACUUAGUGCCCCACCGUGGUCAUCAGCAAAGACAAGGCAACAGUAUACUACACUCAGCUGCAGACAGUGUGACAAGUGCUGUACAGAAGGCCAGCCAAGCCCUGAAUGAGCGCGGUGAGCGUUUAGGUCGGGCUGAGGAGAGGACUGCAGACAUGAUGAACAGUGCUGAACAGUUUGCUGUCACUGCACAAAAGCUUGCCAUGAAGCACAAAUGUUAAGACCACUGCCAAAACCAGCUGGACUGGAGGUGUGAGCACAGACCAGUUGGCGCACAGAAGAGGGAUUUCCAGCGUUGAUUCUUUUUACAUUUUUUAACAUAAUUAAUAAUUGUUAACAAUGUUAACAUUUUACUCUUUUUUGUUAUCAUACUGUGGUGCAGCACAUUCCAAAUAAUAGUGAUGCAUCACGUACAGGGACUCGCAAAAGUAUUCGCACCCCUAUAACAGGGUUUACCUUUUCAUAUCAUGUCAUGUUAGAAUAGAAAAAAAUUAACUUCUGUGUAAUUUAUUGAGAUUUUAUGAUGAACCAACACCAAGUUGUACAUAACUAUGAUCUAGAGGAUGAGUUGUGAUGUUUUAAGGAUACAAAUCUGCGCAUUUUUGGUUUCAUCUGCAGCUUUAAAAAAAAUGAAAGUGAGAUAAAAUGCAUGUCUGUUUGGAUUUUUCCAAAUUUUGAGGGAUUCUAAUUUCAGUUUAGAUUUAGACCAUAACUGGAUUGAAUUUUUGCAUUUUGAAGGAAAUGAUUUUACUGUUGCUCUGCUUUUAUGUUUAGUUUCGUUAUCCUUGUAAAAGUUGAACCCCCCACCUCUGUGAAAUCUGUUGCAGCUCCUAUUAAGUCCUCCUUCCUGGUCGCCCUGUAUUGUGCUCAGUUUAUUGCCCUAGAGCAUGAUUGUGCCUCUACAUUUAAUAAUGUAUGGGGUGUUCAUGAUGCUUUAGUAUGGCAGCGUCCAAUCCUCACCACACACAGUUUUUCCACUUGUCAUCCUAUUGAAGCCCCUUUUUCUACGUUUGUUCGGCUUUCCUCUCGUCACCCUUCCAUAACGGCCAGAUUUAUGGACUGGCUGAUUAGUGUUGUCUUGUCAGUGGAUUUGCAUUAAACAAUACUUCACAACAUAUUCAAAGCAUUGAAUAUCAUUUAAAAACACUAACCCUGUGUUACAACUGUGUACCUGUCCAGUCUGUUGUGUUUGUCAGUCUUCACAUUGGUGUUUUUUCACCAAUGUUUUGUUUCUGGAGGCCUUAAUAGAGAAGCUAAUGUAAGAUAAUACAUAAACUAAUUAGGUGAUUUCUUAAAACCAUUGAUUGCAUAAAGAUUUGUAUAGGGGUGUAAAAGUAAAGUAGGGUGAAAAAAUGUUUACCUCUUAAAGAUUUAUAAUUUGUAAAAAGUAAUUUGCAUACUUGUAGCCUUUUCCACCUACUUCAGCUAUUUACUGCUUUGUGUUGGUUCCAAGACAAAAAUAUAAAUGUUGUAUUAUUGACAUGAAAUAUUGGGUUUUAAGGGGUAUGGACUCUUACAAAGCCCUAAAGUUUGGGAGAGAGAGAGAGACAAUUUUCAGGAGAAUGUUUAAUGCUUCCAUUUGCCAAAUAAAAGUGACUAAAAUUACUUUAUUUAAAGGAAACCCUCGGUGUUGGUUAUUAGGUUUAUUUAUGCACACAGCUGAGUUUUAAAGGCUGAUUUAUGAGUCAGUGGCUUUGUACAGCUUUCUCCUUUAAAAUUAUGACUUUAUUUGCUCAAAUUGAAAUAUUUUGCACCUACAUUCCUAAAGCAGAAUCUUCCUCAACCAUUUUGGGACGAUGUGGUUUAUGUAGCAAACCUGUCCCUAGGUAUCAAUUUUCAGUGUUUCUCUUUAGUUUUUUGACUCCAGUCUUUCCUUUUGUCCAUAACUUUCAGCAAGUACCAACAGUAUUGGUUAUGUUUCUUUUUAAUGAAACAUCAACAACUUUAGACUGAUGGUAGAGUAGAAACACAGUUAUAGAUCUUUAUCUCAUUAGAAGCAGUACAAACUACAACACACAUGUUUUAGAAGUAUUAACAUUUUUGUUUUUAGGGAUGGGAAUUACACAAUGUAUUAUGUUACAAAUGGGCUGUAUGUUAAGCCAGCCUCUACUAAUAUUUCAAUGUCUGUGGACCUAAUUUUUUUUGUCCCUUUAUGGGAUAUUUAACAAUUAAUCCUGACUGGUGAAUACUUUAAUGUGCACUAGGUAGUUCCUUUGAUUUUUCUUAUUUAAUCUUUGAAUUCUCUUGAGGUAAUUGCUGAUUUCUGAUAAAUAUCCUCAACAGCAGCCAUGUGUGAUAUAUUUUUUGCUUUUUUUUGUGCAUUCCCACACUAGCUUUCAUGUAGGGUCACAGUUAGGAUGCACCUUUUUCAUUACAUGUUUCGCAUUGUCUAAGCCUUGACGUUACAAAGCACUGAUGUAAUGAUCCUGCAGAGCACUGCUGAGCUCAUAAUGAAGCGUUCCAAUUGCAUCACUUCGAUGUUUAGCUUUUUAAUAAAGGGACGAUUUAUUUCUCAACAGUUAAGUUUCUUGCUUACCACAAAUGUAAUCUAUGUUUUUUUUUGUUUUUUUGGUACGUUGGUAUAUUUUGCUUUAACUUGCAGAACUGUUCUCUCUUAAAACAAUGUGUAUACACCUUUAGUGCUCAAGGUUUUAUGUUGCUUUCUCCAUUCAAUGUGCUCAGUUUCACUCGAAGUGUGAAAACUCUUUCUUUUUCCACUGUUUUCAGCUCUAACUGUGCAGUUGUAAUGUGAAAUAAAUUACACAG